AGGACAGAGGAGAGGAAGGGGUCUUAAUGACGCUGUGCCUGUAUGAGUGUCUGAGAGAGGUGGGGCUACAGCAUCACUAUGCCAGGUUUACCUCCAUGGGUGUGUGUCGUGCAGCCCACCUCUCAGUGCUGACUAUGGAGGACUAUCCCAACCUGGGGAUCCGCAGCAUGGAGGACAGGACUCGCCUCUUCCAGCUAGUCCAGCUGGUCAAAACUCUUGACCUGGAGGGGCGCAGAAAUGGAGAUGACAAUCAUGAUCAUGAUUAUGAAGUUGAUGGUGAUGAUGAAGAAGAUGCGUCUGAUGAUGGAGGUUUCACUUACAGUGGUGAUGAUGUUAACGUCAUACGUGAGGAUAGAGGUCAUGAGGACAAUGUGUAUAAUGAUGAAAUGGAAGCUGCUACAGCCAGGCUAAAUACAGCCACUGCCUCCAGACCUCCUGUCCGCAGACGGCUUGAUUUCAGCUGUGCAGCCGUUGAGUCUCAUCAGAAGCAUUUUCACAGUCCCAUAGGUUCUGUAAAUGUCUGUGCAGGUCAUGAUCCUGGUGGAAAUGAUGGGUCACUCCGGGCCAAAGGCCCAACCAUACCUGGGCAGCUAGACGUUGACACUGGAAGUGUUGUGUCUCACUGCAGAUGCCACUGGAGCCACAACAACCACAGGCAAACAGGGGAGCAGCGUAUCAGAGUGUGUGUGAGGAAAAGACCUCUGACACGUGCAGAAAACAGGAGAGGAGAGGCAGAUGUUGUGACAACCCAGAGCGGCAAGUGUGUGAUAGUCCACGAGAGCAAAGAAGCUGUGGAUCUCACACAGUACAUACUGCAGCACAGGUUCUACUUUGACCAGGUGUUUGGGGAGGAGAGCUCCAAUGAGGAGGUGUAUCAGAAAACGGCUCAACCCCUGGUGCAGCACAUGCUCAACGGAGGCCAGGCCACCUGCUUUGCAUAUGGCCAGACAGGUGCAGGGAAGACUCACACCAUGUUGGGUUCGUCUCCUGGGAGACCGGGGUUGUAUGCGCUGGCGGCACGGGACAUUUUUGCUCACCUGUCUGCCACACAUACACCGUCACCAGUGCUGGUGUAUGUCAGCUUCUUUGAGAUCUACUGUGGCCAGCUGUAUGACCUGUUGGACCACAGGAAACGGCUGUUUGCAAGAGAAGAUGGCCAGAAGGUGGUUCACAUUGCAGGGCUGAGUGAAAUCAAAGUGGACUCUGUCAGCUCCCUUCUGGAGGUGAUCUCAUGGGGCACAGAGGAGCGCACCCAGGGGGUGAGUGGGGUGAAUCCACUCUCCUCUCGCUCCCACGCCUUGCUUCAGAUUCAGCUCAGAAGUCCAAAACAGCAGAUAUCUGGCAGGAUGUGGUUUGUGGACCUGGCAGGUAGCGAACGGGCAGCAGAUACAAGGGAGCCAGACAGGCAUAGUCGAAUGGAGGGAGCAGAGAUCAACCAGAGUCUAUUGGCUCUUAAAGAAUGCAUCCGGUCCCUUGAUCAAGAGCAGUCACACACACCCUUCAGACAAAGCAAACUUACCCAGGUUUUGAAGGAUUCCUUUGUUGGCAACUCAAAGACAUGCAUGAUUGCCAACAUUUCACCUGGUCACUUAGCAAGUGAACACACACUCAACACACUGAGAUAUGCUGACCGGCAUUUGGGGAGUAUGUCCACAGGCUGGAGGAGAUCAUGGAGAAGAAGGCUCGGUGUGUCCAGAGCAUGAGAUCUCAGCUACAGCCCUACCUCAAAACCACUCCCUCCAACCAUCAGCUCAGACACAAGGAAGAUAAAUACAAUCCAACUACUUGAAUUAACUGAGUUAAUAAUCGAAAAUUUCUGCAGCCUGGACUCUGACGAAAUGCCAGUUAGGCCAAGGCAUGCAGCCCAGGACCGCACAAAACAGCUUUUGACUUCUGACACUGAUUACAAUCCAAUCUGUCACUUUUACUUAACAACAUGUUUCUUUAUCAGAGGUCACUGGACAGAUACUGUGCUACACAUGGGUUUUGAUCUCAGAAGCAGAGAAGACGCCCUCUUGUCCAUUUCUGUGUUCUGCAGUUGGAGGCUUGUGUGUGUGUGUGUGUGUGUAUGUUGUGUAUUUGUUUGUGUGUGUGGGAGUGACUACUUGCUUUUUCUUUUUUCUUUUGUUUUUGGCUUUUUUUAGAUUGUGGUAUUGCAGGCUAAUACAGACUUCUAACAAGUGAAUAUAUAAAAUGGAAUUCACAAGUUUGUUCUGUUACUGUGAUCUAGUGAUUGACUAGAAAUGCAAAGCACUGCUGGGGAGACUUGGAGAAGAGCCACUAUCUAGCAAUUAAAUUCUGUAAUAAAUACUGUUUAUGGUUAUUAUUAACUUAAAUGACACUGGGCAAGGCUGUAGCAUUCAAGCCCAGUCUUGUCCUCAGGGCGUUGUGCUAAUAUCAGGCUCUAAUCUAAUUUUUCUUGGCCUUGGUCUCAUCUCUCUCUCUCUCUCUCUCUCUUUUUUUUUUAUUUGGUCUUUGGUAGAAAUCAAAGAAUUAAGCUGCAACAACAGGACUCUCAACAUCACACUCUCCAAGUUACAUGUUCCAUUCUGAAAAAUUCUGCACAAAAUAAUAAUUGUGUCCUGUUCAUCUGUGAAUAAUUUGCUCAAUACUUUGGCAUUGGGCUUUACUAAGACUUCAGAUGCGCUGGUGUCAGUCUCAACUUGUCCUUGAUCCACACCCCCAGUGGUCAUGGUCCUGACAGGCCCGGUGGUUGUUCAGCUUUGACUGACAUGGGCUUCGCUACAUCUCUGACUCAGGGCUUAAGAUCACAGUCUGAACCAAAGAUGCACAACUGAUGUUUUAACUGGGUAGUGCUCUGAACUGUUUACUUGGCUAGAAGCCCACUGACUGUUUUUAGUUUUAUAUAGACUUGAGUCUUGGCAAUGAGACAGUAGUUCUCAGCUGUGGAGUUGACUGAGUUAUUGGAACACAG